GGUAAUCAUUUUACGUCAAAAUCAUUUAGGAGUUAGUGUCAAAAAAUCUAUUCAUAAAUAGAAUAUAAAAAUGAAAGUUAUUUCUAAACAAUACAAAUGUUUAUUAUAGAUACCUUUUUCGAUUAAUGAAAUUUUAAAGGCGUACACUUUUUACGUUUUAUGAAUAAACUUCUGGGUUAAUUUUUUCCAAUUUCAUUAUUGAAAUUGUUCACGAUAUUGAAUCAUGUCUGAUGAAGCUGAGCAGCAGGCGGAGGAAAUUGAAGUAUUAAAAUCGAUUUACGAGGGCGAUGACAAUUUUAAACAGGUGGAUGCUAAAACUUAUCAGUACAAGUAUAUGGACGGUGAUAAGUCAUUUAUUCUAGAAAUAUCAUGGGGUCUAAAGUAUCCAACAGAGAAGCCAAGUUUUAACUUAGAAAUAUUCUACAAUCAACACUUGUUAGCAACAGUAAAAGAAAACAUACUAUCAAUAUUGAACACAGAAGCGGAACAAUGGCUCGGCUGCGCCAUGACGUACACGCUGUUUGAGUGCCUCAGGGAAAGGGUGUCCGAGAUACUGGCUGGCCAGGUCGAGGAGGUCGUGUCCACCAGGGUCGAAAAAAUCGUGAUAGAUGAUCAGACGGAAACUACUAAAAAACCAGAAAAGAAGGAGCAGCUCACGAAAGCACAGAAGCGCCGAGCGUGGGACAAGGCUGAACUAGGAAAGGGCGGUGAGAAACCCCGCGGAUGGGAUUGGGUCGACAUCGUCAAACAUUUGUCUCAAGUGCCGCAUCAGCCCACGUCAUGACACCAAUAAACCGAUCUAGGAUUAAAUAUUGAAACCACGUAACGUGACAAAAUUAUAAACAAACAAGAUUUUAUAUAGAAUUGUUCCUUUCCUAUGUCGUAACACUAUAGAAAUAGUUAUAAUAGUUCAAUUAAAGAUUCGUUUACAUACAUUUUAUAUUUUGAGGAGUGAGACUUAUUUGAUUCGAGCGACAUUUCGGUUAAAACGCGACUUUUAUCUUUGUAAUUAAAGAUCUUUUUUAUUUAUUAUUAGUAUUAACAAUUCGAUGUUUUUAAUUUGAACUAUGCUUACCACAUUCAAAAAACUGAAGAAGCUUUUUUUCAUGAUUUUUCUUCGAAAUUUUAAACUUUAUAUAGUCCUGUAUAUUUGCAAAAAUGUCGCUAAAACCAUAUAGCAUUUCAUCUUUUGAUUUGAUCUAUCUUUAACGAGAGUGCCUCGCAACGUUAUAAAACAAAGAUAUCAUUGUUGAGUUUAGUGCCAGCUGAUGGAACGAACGAAUGAGCGGGACCGAUAGCUCCGGCGUGGUGGCGCCACUUGUACUACGCGGCGACGCUGUCAUGUCACUGUCGGAGUUUUACGUUCACAGAUUAUAGCAAUAUUUUUUCAUUUUGUUACUCUGUAAAGACGACUGAGCUACCUGCAAUAGGUCACGUAGCUCUUUCAAUUGUAUAUAACGUUCAAUAAAGUAUAUUGUUU